CUUCCCUCUCAUUUCCCUUUGUCUUCCGAAACCCAAAACUAAUUUUCACAAUGGUUGUACCACCACCCAAUUCUUCCCCAACCACAGACUCCAAGUCCUCCGCUGUCGCCGCCGCCAGAAUCCCCACCAUCGAUCUCUCCGGCAUCACGAGCAAACGGCAAGACAUCUCGAAGCUUCUCGUUGAGGCAUGCGAAAACUAUGGCUUCUUCAAGCUCAUCAACCAUGGCGUCCCUCAGGAUUCCAUUACAAGAGUUGAAGAAGAAGCCUUCGCCUUCUUCGCCAUGCCCACCGCCGAAAAGCUUGCUGCUAAUCCUUCCCCGCCCGCCACCAACACCACUCGCUUCGGCUACGGCAUCAAAAACAUCGGCUGCAAUGGUGAUAUGGGAGAGCUUGAGUAUCUUCUUCUCUCUGCUCAACCUACCUCUGUUUCUCAAUUCGCUCUCCCCCUCUCCAAAAACCCAUCAAAUUUCAGUUGUGCUUUGAAUGGUUACAUACAAGAAAUAAAAAAUGUGGCUUGUGAGCUCCUUGAUCUAAUGGCUGAGGGCUUGGGGAUUUCAGAUACAUCCAUUUUCAGCCGUUUGAUCUCAGACGAUCAAAGUGACUCACUUUUUAGAAUCAAUCACUACCGUCCAUUACCUGACUUCAUCAAUCUCCCGCCGUCCAAUAAGAUUGGUUUUGGCGAGCAUUCUGACCCUCAGAUCUUUACCAUCUUAAGAUCCAACGACGUUGGUGGCCUCGAAAUCUCAUUGGAUGAUGGCUUGUGGGUCCCUGUCUCUCCUGACCCCACUGCCUACUUCAUCAUAAUCGGCGAUCUAUUUCCGGUAUUGACAAAUGGGAGGUUUAUGAGCUUAACUCAUAAGGCAGUGGCAAACGGAGGGCCAAAGCCAAGAAUGUCAAUGGCUUAUUUUGCAUCGCCAUCUUUAAAUGCAUGGAUCUCUCCCCUACAAGAAAUGGUUACCUCUAAUCAACCAUGCCUUUAUAGGCCUUUCACUUGGGGUGAAUACAAGGCUCACAUUUAUUCGAUCCCGCUAACAACAGCUUCUUCAAAACUCGACUCGUUCAAGAAUACACCUAAUUAAUCCCACGUACCAUACGACAUAUAUACAUAUCGGUACAAGAAAUAAUAAAAAUCCCAUUAUUCACUCAUAUAUAAGAAUAGUUAAAAGAUGAAAGAGAUUGUUUUUUCCCCUUUUUAUUUUUUGGCAUUUUGGCUAUGUUUUGUGUGUAUAUUCAGUUUCUUGUAGCAUAUAAAUAAUAUGAGAAGAGAGAGGAAAAAAAGAUGUAUUGAUAAUAGGAAAUUAGUAUAUGUGUGUAUUUGAGAAAUAUAUAGUUAUUUCUUGUAGCAUAUAAAUAUGAGAAGAAGAAAAAUAAUGUA